AUGGGAGAGUACAGGAACCUUUAUUCCCCCAGUAUAGGAGAGUACCGGAACCUUUAUUCCCCCAGUAUAGGAGAGUACCGGAACCUUUAUUCCCCCAGUAUAGGAGAGUACUGUAACCUUUAUUCCCCCAGUAUAAGAGAGUACCGGAACCUUUAUUUCCCCAGUAUGGGAGAGUACAGGAACCUUUAUUCCCCCAGUAUAGGAGAGUACAGGAACCUUUAUUCCCCCAGUAUAGGAGAGUACCGGAACCUUUAUUCCCCCAGUAUGGGAGAGUACUGUAACCUUUAUUCCCCCAGUAUAGGAGAGAACGGAAACCUUUAUUCCCCCAGUAUAGGAGAGUACCGGAACCUUUAUUCCCCCAGUGUAGGAGAGUACCGGAACCUUUAUUCCCCCAGUAUAGGAGAGAACGGAAACCUUUAUUCCCCCAGUGUAGGAGAGUACCGGAACCUUUAUUACCCCAGUAUAGGAGAGUACCGGAACCUUUAUUACCCCAGUAUAGGAGAGUACCGGAACCUUUAUUACCCCAGUAUAGGAGAGUACUGGAACCUUUAUUUCCCCAGUAUAGGAGAGUACCGGAACCUUUAUUUCCCCAGUAUAGGAAAGUACUGGAUCCUUUAUUCCCCCAGUAUAGGAGAGAACGGAAACCUUUAUUUCCCCAGUAUAGGAGAGUACCGGAACCUUUAUUCCCCCAGUAUAGGAGAGUACCGGAACCUUUAUUCCCCCAGUAUAGGAGAGUACAGGAACCUUUAUUCCCCCAGUAUAGGAGAGUACUGGAACCUUUAUUCCCCCAGUUUAGAAGAGUGCCAGACCCUUUAUUCCCCCAGUAUAGGAGAGUACCGGAACCUUUAUUCCCCCAGUAUAGGAGAGUACAGGAACCUUUAUUCCCCCAGUAUAGGAGAGUCCCGAAACCUUUAUUUCCCCAGUUUAGAAGAGUGCCAGAACCUUUAUUCCCCCAGUAUAGGAGAGUAA